AUGGACACUAAAUCCGAGGAGCUCCUCUUCCUCGCGUCGCAGCUCAAACGGUCCCUUACCUCCUUAACCACGGCCGAACCGCCAUUUUCCAUCUCUAUAAUCGACGUCUCCGCGUCUCCGUCAUCCGCGGCUCCCGUUACAAGCACAACAUUCCCUACAAUCUCCGUCUCCGACGUCCUCGCGUCGAAUCCAGGCGCCGCCGCGAAAUCCGCCGCGUCUCUCGCCGCGGAUCGCGGAGAGGCGGUGCAGGCGGUGAGCGACGCGCUGAAGCGCUUCGUGCGGGGGAAGUGGGACACGGGCGCGCUGGCGGGCGCGGCGGGGAUCGGGGGGAGCGGCGGAACCGCCAUCAUUGCGCCCGCGCUUAGGGGACUGCCUGUCGGUGUUCCCAAGAUUAUUGUUUCCACCGUCGCCAGGUGCGUUGCUAUAACGAGGUGUGACUGUAGCGAGUCGCUGAUGCCAUCCGUAGUGGACUUGGCGCACCCCUCUGAACCCCCUUCACUGAACCCCCGCUUCAUUACCCUUUCCCACACCCAUCCAAUCCCCACAUACCACAAAACGCAGCGGCAACACGGCGCCAUACGUGGGCACAUCGGAGCUGCUGCUGCUGCCAUCGGUGGCGGACGUGGCGGGGCUCAACGCCAUUCUCCCUCCAACCCCAUUGCCUCUCCCCCCCUUCCCAAACACCACCCAACCAGCGGCAACACAGCACCAUACGUGGGCACCUCGGAUCUCUUAUUACUACCAUCAGUGGCGGACGUGGCGGGGCUAAACGCCAUUCUCCGCGCUGCCCUCUCCUCCGCCGCAGCUGCCCUCGCCGGCAUGCUGCUCCUGCGCGCCCUGCCCACCCAACCGCCCUCCACCGCUCUGCCUUCCUCUGUUGGCGCUUCUGCUGCUGCUACUGCGCCGGUUACAGUGGGGAUCACGAUGUUUGGGGUUACCACGCCGUGCGUUACGGAGGUGCAGCGGCUUCUCAGCAGCAAGGCCAGCAAGGAGGGAGGCGCGGGGUGGGUGGGGGAUGCAGGAGGAGUAGGAGAGGUGGAGACGGUGGUGUUUCAUGCGACGGGCACGGGGGGAAGAGCUAUGGAGGAGAACGUUGCUUCUGGACUCAUUCAGGUGCGCUCGCUGCACAUACCUCUCUUUACCCGCCCGCUCAUCCCCCCUCACCAUGCUGCUCACCCGCUCACCGCACUGCUCACCUCCACCCGCGCUGCUAGUUAUCAGCACAGCGAGAUACGAAUCGACUUGCCGAGAUCAUUUCACUCCAAGCUCACCCUUCCCUCCCCCCUUUACCAGCCGGUACUGCACAUCACGACAACCGAGGUGAAGGACUUGGUAGUGGGCGGCACCAUGGCGUGCCUGCAGUUCACAGUAUUGACAGUCACUUCAGCCACACCCCUCCCUCCCCACCCUGUUCUGGACGUCACGACAACCGAGGCAGCGGACUUUGUAGCUGUGCUGGACAUCACAACAACAGAGGUGGCGGACUUCAUAGUGGGCGGCACCAUGCCGUGCCUGCCCACCAGGUUUGACGCCGCCAUUCAGCACAAGGUGCCCCUCGUGCUCAGCCUGGGGGCGCUCGACAUGGUCAACUUCGGAGAAGCUUCCUCCGUGCCCAAGGAGUUUGACGGGCGCACCCUCCACGUGCACAACCCACAGGUCACCCUCAUGCGCACAACGGCUGACGAGAACCGUCGGAUCGCGCAGUUCAUCGCGGACAAGAUGAACCAAUCGCAGGCGCCCGUGACACUACUAAUACCUGAGGGGGGCCUGUCCGCUCUAGACGCCCCGGGCAUGGCCUUUUGGGACCCCGCUGCCGACGCUGCUCUGUUCGAUGAGCUGGAGAAGCAAGUGGAGCAGACAGACAGCAGGAAGGUAAUCAAGUCAGUGCCGGUGCUAGCAGGCGUGUGCGCCACGGACCCCUUCCGCCAGAUGCCUCUCUUCCUGCGCCGCCUCGCCGCCCUCGGCUUCGCGGGCGUCCAAAACUUCCCCACAGUGGGCCUCUACGACGGCUCUUUCCGCACCAACCUAGAGGAGACCAACAUGGGGUACCCGCUCGAAGUCGCCAUGAUUAAAACGGCUAGUCUCCUGGGUUUCCUCACGACGCCGUAUGCGUUCAACGAGGAGGAGGCGCGGAGCAUGGCGGGCGCGGGGGCGGAUGUGGUGGUAGCGCACAUGGGGCUCACGGCAGCAGGCAGCAUAGGGGCGAGAACGGUGUGCUCUCUAGAGGAGGCGGUGGGGCGAGUGCAGCGCAUGGCUGAUGCUGCUAGAGGGGUCAACCCCAACGUCCUAGUGCUGUGCCAUGGUGGUCCCAUCAGUGGUCCAGAGGAGGCGAGGUACGUUCUGCAGAACACGCGGAGGGCGCACAGCUUCUAUGGCGCGUCCAGCAUGGAGGCCCGUCCCUCAUCCAUUUCCACCUUGCUUCUCUUGCCCCUGCCAAUCCCUGUAUGUACCCCGCCAGGUCCCAUCAGUGGGCCACAGGAAGCGCGGUACAUUCUGCAGAACACGCGGGGCGUGCACGGCUUCUACGGCGCGUCCAGCAUGGAACGGCUGCCCGUGGAAACUGCAAUCACGGAGAACCUCAAGGCAUACAAGGCCAUUCGCCUGUCUUCCUAA